UUCAGUCGAUUUCCCCACCACCCCGCCCCCCUUCCUCUUUUCUCCCCACCCCUCCCGUCUCAGCCCGGUGGAGGAUGAAGCGGCCGCAGUGGCCCCAGCCCCAGCAGCGGCACCGGCGGUGGCUGCGGUGGGGGUGGCCGGAACUGGGGUGGUGAAGAAGCGGCGGCGGCGGCAGUGGCGGUGGCUGAAGGAGCAGCAGCCGCCCCAGCCGCUUCCCCUGUGCUUCCCUUCCUCUUUAGUGCGGCCAGGAAGUUUUUCGCUUCUGUGCAUGUGUGUGUGCGUGAGUGUGGGUGUGUAAGGUGAAGGUUUGGGCGGCGUUUGUGCAGGCGUUGGGUUUUUUGCCCACUUCUCUUCCCGUAACCCGGGUAGCUCCCGAGCCUGGGCUGUGGCCCGAAGAGGGGGCGCGGCGGCGGACUCUCUCCUUUUGUUGUUGUUUCCUCCGCCUGGGGAGCUGACGAGGGGACGCGCCUGGGUGGGGCGGCUCGGAGCCCGGGCCUGGUGGCCCCCGGGGCUCCCGGGCGGGCAGGGUAGGGCAGAGGAGAGCGGGCUUCAACAUGAUGGCGGCCGAGGCCGGCAGUGAGGAGGGCGGCCCGGUCAGCGCCGGGGCAGCGGGAGGCGGCGCGGCCGCGGGCUCCAGUGCCUAUCCGGCAGUGUGUGGGGUGAAGAUACCGGCGGCCCUGCCUGUGGCAGCCGCCCCCUUUCCUGGGCUGGCGGAGGCCGGAGUGGCCGGGACUCUGGGUGGCGGAGCCGCUUUGGGGUCAGGGUUCCCGGGACCCGGGUCCGUGGUAGGGACACUGGGGGGAGCCGGACUGUCAGGGGGAAGUGCUGCUGCUGGCGUGGCUGGUGCUGCCGCCGCCGGACCUGGCGGGGAGAUGGCUCUCACCAAGGGGACCACCUCGUUGCCUGCUGAGACCUUCGGGGCAGGCGGCGGAUUCCCACCUUUGCCGCCGCCUCCUCAGCUGCCCCCUUUGGGCGCGGGCCUGGGAACAGUGGACGAAGGUGACUCUCUGGAUGGACCAGAAUACGAAGAGGAAGAGGUGGCCAUCCCGCUGACCGCUCCUCCAACUAACCAGUGGUAUCAUGGAAAACUUGAUAGAACUAUAGCAGAAGAACGCCUCAGGCAGGCAGGGAAGUCCGGCAGUUACCUUAUAAGAGAGAGUGAUCGGAGGCCAGGGUCCUUUGUACUUUCAUUUCUUAGCCAGACAAAUGUUGUCAACCAUUUUAGGAUUAUUGCUAUGUGUGGAGAUUACUACAUUGGUGGAAGACGUUUUUCUUCUCUGUCAGACCUAAUAGGUUAUUACAGUCAUGUUUCCUGUUUGCUUAAAGGAGAAAAAUUGCUUUAUCCAGUGGCACCGCCAGAGCCAGUAGAAGAUAGAAGGCGUGUUCGAGCCAUUCUCCCUUACACAAAAGUACCAGACACUGAUGAAAUAAGUUUCUUAAAAGGAGAUAUGUUCAUUGUUCAUAACGAAUUAGAAGAUGGAUGGAUGUGGGUUACAAAUCUAAGAACAGAUGAACAAGGUCUUAUUGUUGAAGAUCUAGUAGAAGAGGUGGGCCGGGAAGAAGAUCCACAUGAAGGCAAAAUAUGGUUCCACGGGAAAAUUUCCAAACAAGAAGCUUAUAAUUUACUAAUGACAGUUGGUCAAGUCUGCAGUUUUCUUGUGAGGCCGUCAGAUAAUACUCCUGGUGACUAUUCACUUUAUUUUCGGACCAAUGAAAAUAUUCAGCGAUUUAAAAUAUGUCCAACACCAAACAAUCAGUUUAUGAUGGGAGGCCGAUAUUAUAACAGCAUUGGGGACAUCAUAGAUCACUAUCGAAAAGAACAAAUUGUUGAAGGGUAUUAUCUUAAGGAACCUGUACCAAUGCAGGAUCAAGAACAAGUACUCAAUGAUACAGUGGAUGGCAAGGAAAUUUAUAAUACAAUUCGUCGUAAAACAAAGGAUGCCUUUUAUAAAAACAUUGUUAAAAAAGGUUAUCUUCUAAAAAAAGGCAAAGGAAAAAGGUGGAAAAAUUUAUAUUUUAUCUUAGAGGGCAGUGAUGCCCAACUUAUUUAUUUUGAAAGUGAAAAACGAGCUACAAAACCAAAAGGAUUAAUAGAUCUCAGCGUGUGUUCUGUCUAUGUUGUUCAUGAUAGUCUCUUUGGCAGGCCAAACUGUUUUCAGAUAGUGGUUCAGCACUUUAGUGAAGAACAUUACAUCUUCUACUUUGCAGGAGAAACUCCAGAACAAGCAGAGGAUUGGAUGAAAGGUCUGCAGGCAUUUUGCAAUUUACGGAAAAGUAGUCCAGGGACAUCUAAUAAACGCCUGCGUCAGGUCAGCAGUCUUGUUUUACAUAUUGAAGAAGCCCAUAAACUCCCAGUAAAACAUUUUACUAAUCCAUAUUGUAACAUCUACCUGAAUAGUGUCCAGGUAGCAAAAACUCAUGCAAGGGAGGGGCAAAACCCUGUAUGGUCAGAAGAGUUUGUCUUUGAUGAUCUUCCUCCUGACAUCAACAGAUUUGAAAUAACUCUUAGUAAUAAAACGAAGAAAAGCAAAGAUCCAGAUAUCUUAUUUAUGCGCUGCCAGUUGAGCCGGUUACAGAAAGGGCAUGCCACAGAUGAAUGGUUUUUGCUCAGCUCCCAUAUACCAUUAAAAGGUAUUGAACCAGGAUCCCUGCGUGUCCGAGCACGAUAUUCUAUGGAAAAAAUCAUGCCAGAAGAAGAGUACAGCGAGUUUAAAGAGCUUGUACUGCAAAAGGAGCUUCAUGUAGUCUAUGCUUUAUCACAUGUAUGUGGACAGGACCGAACACUACUGGCUAGCAUCCUACUGAGGAUUUUUCUUCAUGAAAAGCUUGAAUCAUUGUUGUUAUGUACACUAAAUGACAGAGAAAUAAGCAUGGAAGAUGAAGCCACUACCCUAUUUCGAGCCACAACACUUGCAAGCACCUUGAUGGAGCAGUAUAUGAAAGCCACUGCUACACAAUUUGUUCAUCACGCUUUGAAAGACUCUAUCUUAAAGAUAAUGGAAAGCAAGCAGUCUUGCGAAUUAAGUCCAUCAAAGUUAGAAAAAAAUGAAGAUGUGAACACUAAUUUAGCACACCUAUUGAACAUACUUUCAGAGCUUGUGGAGAAAAUAUUCAUGGCUUCAGAAAUACUUCCACCGACACUGAGGUAUAUUUAUGGGUGUUUACAGAAAUCUGUUCAGCACAAGUGGCCUACAAAUACCACCAUGAGAACAAGAGUUGUUAGUGGUUUUGUUUUUCUUCGACUUAUCUGUCCUGCCAUCCUGAAUCCACGGAUGUUUAAUAUCAUCUCAGAUUCCCCAUCUCCUAUUGCUGCAAGAACACUGACAUUAGUGGCUAAGUCUGUGCAGAACUUAGCAAAUCUUGUGGAAUUUGGAGCUAAGGAGCCUUACAUGGAAGGUGUCAAUCCAUUCAUCAAAAGUAACAAACAUCGUAUGAUCAUGUUUCUAGAUGAACUUGGGAAUGUACCUGAACUUCCGGACACUACAGAGCAUUCCAGAACUGACCUGUCCCGUGAUUUAGCAGCACUGCAUGAGAUUUGUGUGGCCCAUUCAGAUGAACUGCGAACGCUCAGUAAUGAGCGUGGUGCACAGCAGCACGUACUGAAAAAGCUUCUGGCUAUAACAGAACUGCUUCAGCAAAAACAAAACCAGUAUACAAAAACUAAUGAUGUCAGGUAGCAGCCUUCACCGCAGUGUUCUGCAUGGAUUCCGCAUGCCCAACAUGGUAAUUCA